AUGCCGUGCACCCUCUCAUUGUGUUCGUUGGUCAAAGAAUGUACUGAUAUUGUACGAUCUUUAUUGAUCAUGGCUGGCGACGUAGAGUCAAAUCCAGGCCCGACGACUGAGGAAAUGAUGAAAGAAGUCUUGAGCAAUCAGAAACGUGACUCCAAGCUAAUGAACGAAAUACGUUGUGACCAAAAGAAAAUAAGAAAGGAGAUUUCCAGGAAUUCAAAUCAACUUGCGGAGCUGACGGAACGCGUAAAGAGAGUUGAAAGCCUCGGCGAUGAAUUGAUACAAUCUAAUCACAAAGUUGCUGAACUUCAGCAAAGUGUAGCGCAGCUUCUUACUCGAGUUGAUGACCUUGAAAAUAGAUCCAGGCGAAAUAAUUUAGUUAUUUACGGUUUGCAAGAAUCUGAAGCGGAAUCCAGCUCCUCUCUUCUUAAUACAGUUCAAAAUGAACUGUUGUCUUCUAAGUUGGGCGUGGAGGUUUCUAGUAUCGAAAGGAUUCACAGACUAGGAAGGAUGGUUGCGGGGAAAGUCCGUCCAGUAAUCGUCAGGUUCUAUGACUAUCGAGAAAGGAACCUGGUUUUGAAAAAUUGCCACAAACUAAAGGGAACAAAGAUUGUGAUUUUGGAAGACUUCUCUCAGCAUGUACGUUCCGUUCGGAAGAAGUUGUGGGCAUCUUGCCUCGGUGAGCGACUGAGAGGGGAUAAAGCUCGUUUGUUUUACGAUAAACUGGAAAUUAACGGCAAGCGUUACUUUUGGAACUGUGACGCAGAAUCUAGACAGGAGAUGGAACCUAUUGCUAAUGCGUCUGCUUAUCGCCCUGCAACGAGGUCAGUCACAAGAGCUAAUACAUUGUUGUCCAUGGGACAAGAUAGUUCAGUGUAG